AUGCUUUCAAACGCUGUACGAGCUGCUCGACCUCUCGCCAAGGCUGGACCAUCACUGCGACCAGUGGUUGCUCGAUCGUUCCACGCUUCUAGAAUAUCCAAAGAUCAUUUCUUAGAUGCGAACGAGGAGGCAUUCUCAAAACGAGCUUUGGAUGGAUCGAGUGCUAAGCCCGUUCUCGUUGAUUUCUACGCUGCAUGGUGUCAACCAUGUCGUGUUCUCACUCCAUUACUGAAAUCCCAUACUGGUCCAGAAUCACAAUUUGACUUGAUGACAGUUGACGUAGAUACUUAUCCUGAUCUAGCUGCGAAGUACAAAGUAUCUGCUUUACCAACAGUAGUAGCGUUUAAAAAUGGUGCUGUGAAGAACAAAUUCGUCGGGUUCAGAGGAGAAGCAGAUAUCAAGAAAUUCCUUGAUCUCCUUUGA